AUUCUUAAUAUUUUCCACGCAGACAGUUGACCGAGCCGCUCAAAGAUACAAGCUACGGUUAGGCAGCUGGACAGUUUUUGUGGUAAUAGGAAUACAGGAAGAAACUGAAUUCGCUCAGAAAUAAAUGUCGGAUGCGGAAUUAUUUGUGACUAGUGCCUCUAUACAAUCGGUCGAUAAUGCUCGUACGUAACGAGACACAAACAAGACUAGACGUCUAAAUGUGGGACGCUUAAUGUGUUCGAACGAAGCAGACCACGCUUCGGUUGGUCGCAUCUUUCAGUUUUCGUGUCUGCUACAGUUGUUAUCACCAAGUUGAUUACUUGAUUCAAUAUUCUUGGCGAAAUACUAGUCUUCCCGUUCGGCCAUUUCGGAAAACAUGGCCGGUUAUGUAGUAAAACUUUGAGGAGAGAAAGAAGCCAUCCUUAAUAUGUGUUGUUUGCACAUACCAAAGUUGGAUUGAGUGCCGUUGGACUCGUCCCCCCUCGAGUUUGACAAGUUCGUUGACCUACGUGCUGCAUAUGUGUGACGUUUGUCUUGCCUUUCACUCUCUCCUUACCGUUGUUGCGUGAAACCCAUGAACCGACAGAAAUAAAUACUUAAAUUUCUAGUGAAAACUGUGAAAUCGAAAGAGUGCAACAGAGUGUACGUCCUCAGUUUGAGGGUCCAGUCGAAACGGCACAGAGCUUGACCUCAAUUUCGUCGUUCUUGUGAGCUGACUUGCUGCUGCUGGCACACAAUAUACACGAAAAACCAGUCGAGCCGGCUUCUAUAGUUGUUCAGCCAUUUCAACCCGAAAAAAUACCUGGUGUUCAAAGGGUUCGUGCUCUCCUACGAUGGAGAACGGCAAUGGAAUAGACAGCUGUAACAAAGCAGAAGUGAACUCUGAGAAAAAGGCUGAAACUAUUGUUAUCAUGGCAUUGGAAGAAGGAAAGCCAGCGUCGGAUUAUGGCGUAGCUGACGACAAACUGAAAAUGUGUACUGUUGACAACGACAACGACUCUUUGCCCAAUCAAAAUGCUGAAUUGCUCGAAGCCGUUACUGCAGAAGAGAAUGUGGAAUUGAAAGAUUUGCCUAUCGAAAAAACAACAAACGAAGAAGUUAAGCAAAACGGGGAUGUUGCCGAAUCGGCAAACAACGUUCUAACAAUCAAGGUGGAGCCUAAACCAAUAGAAACGGUUGAAGAGAAACCGUUAUCACCGCCCCCGGAGAAGAUGAGUGUGGAGGCGUCAGAGGAAAAAGCCAAAGAAGCGCCGGUGGAAGAGGCCAAACAGGAGAUGAUUGAAGAAGAAAUGCAAGACGAGAAUGACAAGAAAAACCUAGGCGACUUGGAAAUGGAGGAUCAACAGUCGUCGACUUCAUCCUCUCCAUCGGCCUUGCACAUCCAUUUGGAUGAGGAGGACAAGGACGAGUCCUUGAAUGACAAGGACAAGGAAACGGUAGACCCUUCACUACCUCUGAUCAGCAACGUGGUCAGUCUCUCGUCGAUCGCGUCAUCGUCGUCAUCUCUGACGCCUCCGCCACCUACGCAUUUCCAUCAUUCACCGUCUACACAACCUCCUUCGCCCACACCUUCGGCCGAAUCAGGAAAUAGCAGCGUUCGUCGAACGACACUCCGCUUUAAACGCGGCAUAGAAAUUAGUUUCGAUGUUGAUCAAAACGGCCAACCCGUUACAGUCAAUAAUCACGAAACGGCAGCAAUGCCUUCGGCCUCGUCUGAAGAACCUCGACAGAAACGCGGGCGUAUAGAGGAUGAGGACGAAGAGGAUACAAAUCAGCCGGAUGUAUCCGAGUUGGAUGCCGAGGGAACGAACAACGUUCUGUCGUCAGUCCAAAAAGACAUCCGCACCCUACGCUUUAUGGCCAAACAAAAAGAAAAAGAAUGGAAUUACAUUUUGAAGUUGAUGAAAGUCAAAGAAGAACUUCAAGCUAAGCUCAUGCGGCGAAGGGAAGUGCUGAAAAUUACUUCAUCCAGUAGCAGAAAAAUUCAACCCAACUCGAGCCAAAUCCAUACGGUGGCUCAAACUCAUAUUCAACCGCAGCAACAAUCGGGUGCAGCCAACCUGCAGACUCUCAUAAAUCACUCACUGAACGCAAUGAUGGGCAAAUCGUCAGGCUCAUCAAAAAGCAUCAUGUCCAACAGCCCUGGCCAUGUGACUAUCACGUCUGAACGAUCCGAUCUCGCCAAUGACGACGUCACUGUUGUGGGCGGUUCAACUUCCGGCGGCCGGAAUGUGUCAUCCAAUAAUGGCAACUACUUGCGAACCAGUGGUGGGGGCGAAGUGCCAAAGUGUCAAGGUUGCAAUGAGCGAGUGGCGCAAUUUGUCUGCGCUGGAUGUUCCAGCCAAUGGUAUUGCAGUCGAGAAUGUCAGGUGGCUGCUUGGGAAGAGCAUUCUGAACAUUGCGUUGGCUAAAAUUGACGGGAAACAAUACCACAAUUCAAAGGACAAUUCCAUCCACACCAGGGUGAGGAGGACGUAAGGACUGAAAAAAAAAGAAAAUUUAUAUUUUUUCAAUAGAAAUUAAAAGAUUCAAGAAUGUGUCAGUGCAAAUGCCGUUGAGUCGGCCAUCAUCAGUUUACUGGUUUUUUGUUUCAGAUGAAAACGAAAUGGUAUCUACAUAUCCACUUUUUAAAUGUAUUUCGAUUGAUACGCUAUUAUGUUGCGUAUUACGUCAAUCGUAAUGCUCAGUUUAUUUUCUGCCAUUUGAUUAUUUGUUAGAAAGAUUAAUAUUUUCCUUUUUUUUUUGAGUUAUAAGAUAGAGGGGGGAGAGAAAGAGACAUUUGUUUCGGCUAGUCACUACUAACAAAAAAUUUAUCUAUCUCUUCUGUUAAUCCUUUAUCUUUAUGUUUCAUAGCAUCACGCAUUUUUCUUUACCAUCCAUCCCCGUCGACAUAUUCCACCACGACUUCCCUUUUCAAAACUCCCCGGUUUCAUAAAAAAAAUAUCUUAAUUUCUUUUUUGUUUCAUAUUGUUUCGGCUUAUGCAUAUUAUGCCGUAUCAUGACGAUUUAAUGAUUUUUUUUUCUUUUACAAAAAUAAAAGUUCAACCAAUUUCCAGCAUUA